AUGGGAGAAGCAAAAAGAUGGUGGAUUUCUGAAAGAACCAUCAGAAAGGUAGAAGGGAUGGAAAUAGUCCGUUGGUUGCACUUCAAGCAGAUUUUUCUGGAACAUUUUUUCCCAACCUCAGUCCGAGAUGACAAGGCUAUGGAGUUCACUAAUUUGGUACAGGGAGCUAUGACAGUACAUCAGUACGCAGCUAGAUUUAUCGAGUUAUCACGCUUUGCUACAUAUUUGAUCCCUGAUGAGGAGAAGAAGGCUCGUAAGUUUGAGCAGGAGCUGAAUGAAAAGAUUUAUGAACGAAUUGUGGGCUUUCAAAUCCAGAACUUCUCAGAGUUGGUGAAUAAGGCCACAGUAUUUGAGCAGAGUCUUCAAAGAGGCACAGCACUGCUGGAACAGAGGAAGAGGACUACACCACAGGGGUCUCAAUCUAUGAUGGAACAAGGGCCGUGA